CUCCGUUAGGGGGUGGGAAAAGAUGUUGCCAUAGGUCGCUGAGGCCACCAUCCGUUCUCUUACUGGCCGAGGCCGAAAAAAGACCGUCCUCUCAUUCGCUAGAGGGCAAACCCCGGGAAAGCUCAUUGGCUGCGGCCCCGCAGCCCUUCGUCCGCUUUGAAGGCGGGCUGAGGCCGCGAGAGGAGGGGGCGGGCAAGGGGCUCGCUGUUGCCCUGGUUACGCGGAGGCACGUGUGCAGUCCCGGAAGCGCAUCGGGGAAGCUGCUCAGCGCGCGGCCGGAGGAAGCGCCGCCUGGUCCGCUCGGGUCGGGGCCGGCUGGGCCAUGGAGUGGCUGCCAGAGCUCGCGCCCCGCUGUCUUCUGCUUCUCCCCUUGCUGCUGAUGCUGCUACUACUGCCGGCCCCGGAGCUGGGCCCGGGCCAGGCCGGAGCCGAGGAGAACGACUGGGUUCGGCUGCCCAGCAAAUGCGAAGUGUGUAAAUAUGUCGCCGUGGAGCUGAAGUCAGCUUUUGAGGAAACCGGCAAGACCAAGGAGGUGAUCGGCACUGGCUAUGGCAUCCUGGACCAGAAGGCGUCUGGAGUCAAAUACACCAAGUCGGACUUACGGUUAAUCGAAGUCACCGAGACCAUUUGCAAGAGGCUCCUGGACUACAGCCUGCACAAGGAGAGGACCGGCAGCAACCGGUUUGCCAAGGGCAUGUCAGAGACCUUUGAGACGUUACACAACCUGGUACACAAAGGGGUCAAGGUGGUGAUGGACAUCCCCUAUGAGCUGUGGAACGAGACUUCUGCAGAGGUGGCUGACCUCAAGAAGCAGUGCGACGUGCUGGUGGAGGAGUUUGAGGAGGUGAUCGAGGACUGGUACAGGAACCACCAGGAGGAGGACCUGACGGAAUUCCUCUGCGCCAACCACGUGCUGAAGGGAAAGGACACCAGCUGCCUGGCAGAGCAGUGGUCCGGCAAGAAGGGGGACACAGCCGCCCUCGGAGGGAAGAAGUCCAAGAAGAAGAGCAGCAGGGCCAAGGCAUCGGGCAGCAGGAGCAGCAGCAGCAAACAAAGGAAGGAGCUGGGUGGUCUUGAGGAAGACCCCAGCCCUGAGGAGGAUGAGGGCAUUCAGAAGGCAUCCCCCCUCCCACACAGCCCCCCUGAUGAGCUCUGAGCCUAAUCCAGUGUCUGCUGUACCGAGACCUUGACUCUGAAGCUGAAGCAUGGGGCAUGGCUCUAGCAGGCAGACAUGGCUCUGCCACCUUCAGGUCCUCCUGCCUUGGCUGUGCCCUCUUCUGCCAAGGAAAGACACAAGCCCCAGGAAGAAAUCAGAGCAGCCGUGGUCAGCCCAGGCUGGUCUUUACCCUCCACCGAGCAUUCCUCUCCCGACGCGGGCUUCAGGCAGGCCAUGUGGUUUCCGGACUUCAAGGACUCCAGCGUGAACUCAGGACGGCAGGUGUCAGAACUGGGCACCAGGACUGGAGUCCGUCCAGAGCCCGUGAGAAAGGCAUUCCGGGCCUCCACUGCCCUUGCUCCUGCCCGCACUGCUGCCCUCGCAGGGAAGCAAGACUGCAGCGCCCCACAGCUCCUCCUCGUGCUCACCCCUCCUGUGGACACCUUGCACUCUGCCCGGCCCUCCGCAGGGCUCACAGAGUAAAAACCUUCUGGCCUUUUGGUUCCUA